GCACGGGUUACGUCCCUUAGUAUUUUUUAGUGUAGACGUUUUGCGAAGAUUUCGUGUGGACAGUCAUAAUAUUGCUACCUUUUCUUGGUCAUAGCGAUAUUAUGUCCAAAAUGUUUGAUGACGAGGUUCGAAAGGCACUAUUUCAAUCGCCUGGAGUGCCCGAAAAUGCUAGGAAUAACUCAAACGAUUUCAAGGUACUUCUGAAUAAGCUCCAGAUAGACCAUGACAUAGAGACGAUGCACACCAAUCUACAAAAAGACCUCCAUGAACAGAGAAUGAAGCAGUUACGACAGUUACUGAAGAGCCUCAGUGAUGAUGACUGGAAGUACCCUCCCAUUGAUAAGAUGAUAGGUCUCCAAUGAUCAGUGGUUUAUGCCAUCAGACAGUUAGAGCAUGUGGAAUCUCCAGACACUAUUCAGUGACAUAUUUUUCAGUUUCAGAGAGAGUUUGGAUGUUGUCAUUACGUUGAUCACUAUACUCAUAUGAAAGCAUGGGUGAAGAUUUUGUCAAGUGAAUCUUGCUUUCCCCUAGUGUUCUUACAGAGAUGAAUGAUGUCACUAUUGACUAAAUUUAUCAAAGUACUUUCACAAAUUUGUUUGGAUCUAAAUAGAUUACUCAAGCUUUAGUUUUGAUUUGAAACGGAUCCAUAUGUAUUAUGGAAUGAAAUAUUGCUAAUGAUUUUCCAGAUAUUUUAAAGCUAUUUUACUGAGCAUGUACCUUUCAUUUCCUAAGGUAAUUUUAUGAGUGCAAAGUUUAAGGCCUGAAAGCUGUGAAUAUGCAGGAUCUACCAGCUGUAUGUUCGAAUCCCAGGUUUGUCCUGCUGGUUAUGGUCCUUAGGUUGUCAGCAUCUAUGCUCCAGGUUUUUACCAAAGUUUUAGGUCAGUAAGUGUGUGCAUCUGGCUUUCAUCAUGCUGAUAUACCCUUAUAUAACUGAAACACAGUGCAAAGCUGCCGAGAGUGGGGUAACCAAACCCGCUCCUUAUGAAUAUUAGGGAUUGUGUCAAUUGAUAAACUGUUGAUAUCUGGCACAUUCUUGAGGAGGUGUUUGUGAGGUUAAGUACUGCUGCCAAAACAUCUCUGGACUUGUUCUCAUUAUAACAUUGUUUAAGGUGCACUUUGUGAUAUUUUGUAAUAAAAUGUGCAAUUU